ACAAGAUGCGUGCUGAUCAUGUUUGGGCCGUCAAAACUGGGGAACAAAAGCAGCCUUGGCAGUUCCGUCCCAAGGAGCCUGGAUGGAGAGCUGCAAGUGCGCCUGCAAGCUCCUCCUUAUGCCAGGGAUCCAAUUGAAGGCGGGCCACUCCCAGAUUCCCGGCCAAGCAUUCGUCGAAGUGGGAAGGGCAUCAGGCAUGAGGCAAUUUUUACUAAAUUGGAGACCAAAAAUGGUAACGGGGGUAUCCCGACAAAUUAUCGCAAAUGA